GUCACUCUGACUAAUUGUCGCCUCACUGUAACUUCAUUUUUGACAACAUGGACGUGUCAGACAGGAGAGUUGUCAUUCUGGGAAAAACUGGAGCUGGGAAAAGCAGCCUGGCUAACACCAUACUUGGAGAGAAACCAUUCAAGGUUGAUGAUACUUCCAACUCUGGAACAAGAGAAUGUCAAGCAGAAACCAGAUCUGUCAAUGGAAGAAACAUCACUUUGGUCGACACUCCUGGUUUCUUCGACACAGAUAAAUCUGAGGAGGAGCUGAAUCCUGAGAUAGUGAGGUGUAUCACAGAGUGCGCUCCUGGGCCUCAUGCUUUUCUCAUUGUACUUAAAGUGGAGAAAUUCACAGAGCAUGAGAAGGCCGUCAUCAACAAAAUACACCAAUACUUCUAUGAAGAAGUCUUCAAAUAUGCAACAGUUGUCUUCACUCAUGGUGAGCAGCUCAAGGGACGGAAAAUUGAGGAAUUUGUCCGUCAGAAUAAGUCAUUGAGUGAUCUGGUGGAGAAAUGUGGAGACCGCUGCCACGUCAUUGAUAAUGAAUACUGGAAAGACAACCAACAGAAUGAAUACAGGAGCAACAAGUACCAGGUGAAGGAGCUGCUCAAGACAAUAGAAGAGAUAACUGAAGCAAAUAAAGGAGGCUGCUACACCAAUGAGAUGCUACAACUAGUACAGGAAAUAAUUGAACAAAAGAAGAUGUGCAUGAGAAAGUCAUCAGGAAACAUGUCAGAAGAAGAGAUCACACAACAGGCUAAAGACAGAGCAUUUAAGGAGAUCUGGAUCAGACUGGCAGGUGUUGGAACCGGUGCAUUGUUAGGAGCUUUGUUUGGUGUAGUAACGAUGGUUGUAGCUGUUGUCGUCGCUUUAAAGGAACUAGUGCCUGUGGCCAAAACAGUCAUAGCAGGAGCAGCAGCAGCAGGAGCAGUAGCUGCAGGAGGAACAACAGCAGGAGGAGCAGCAGUAGCAGGGGGACUAGGAGUAACUGCAACAACAUUCAUCUCACUUGCAGGGGUAUCUGCUGCAGCAGGAGCAGCAGUGGGAGGUUAUACAGGAUAUCAUGCAGCUGAGGGAGCAGACACGCCAUGGGAAGCAGCUAAGAUGACAGCAGCUGCUGUCAAGGAGGGAGCCCAGUCUAUCAAAUCGACCAUAGAUGGAGUGAGAGAUUGUUUGAAUGUUUCAAGCAAACCAACAUAUUCAAAGUUAAAAGAGAGUCAAGAGCUGUGACUCCUGAAGACAGGGAGGAGAAUAUAUCAUUAAAGUCAUGUCUCCCUGUAGAUCACAUGAAAAUCUUUUUAACCCAUCGUUAACCUUUGAGCUGAAGUAUGUUUAUUCAUAUGUGAUAUGUCACAGGUUUUAUCAUGUCUGAGGCUCAAGCGCUUUUUGCUAUUUCACAAUCUAUCUUUGUGCCUCCACACCAGUGAUAGGCAGCCAGAGGCAUUAUGAUUUCAGGUUGUCUGUCCUUCCAUCCAUCCAUCCAUCCAUCCAUCCAUCCAUCCAUCCGUCUGUCCGUCCCUCCCAUUCUUGAUAACGUGGUAUCUCAAAAAAAUGCCAAAUUUGGCACCAUUGUCCACUUGGACACAACCAUGACCUGAUUAAAUGUUUGUGGUCAUUGGUCAAAGGCCAAGGUCAAUGUAACCUUGCAUCGGCCUCAAUCUCAUGAACACGACUCCUCUCGAACGCCUGGAUGGAAUUUUUUUGAAUUUGGCAAAAAUAUCCACUUAGACUGAGGAAUUAGGUGGUCGAAGUUCAAAGGUCAAAGUCAGUUAGCUGCCAGAGUGCAAAAAAGCAUCAAAAUAGAGCUUGUUUUCUGAGGUCAGGGCUACGUCCCCAAUGUCCUCAAGUCCUAAAAAACACCCCCGCGUACAGUAAAUGUCAGGGGGUUGAAAACAGGCAACUCAUUUGUUAUAUUUACUGAUAAAUAUUUUAAUGUUUCUUUAUUAACUGGUUGUCCUUUUGCAAAAGUUGCCCCUAGGCACGGCAAGUUGAAUAUCCCUGCUGUAAACUGAAGCUACAAACCACAAAUAUAAAAUUGUUUUAACAUAUUUUAUGUCUGAGAUCUUUUAAAAAUGCUGUAAUCAAAUCAAUGUACUCAUUGUUCACUGUUCUCUGUUGCAACUAGCAAAUAUCAUUUAAUCUAUGUACAACAUCAUUUUGUUCCAAUAGCUGUGAUUGUUAGUGGAUUAAAAUGUGUGACCAAGAUAAAUAUGAACAAUCA